GCCAGGAUGGUCCGGAAAUCUGGAUCAGGGGGGUAGGGGAAGUGGGGCUGUGUGACCCCCUGGAGGUGACAAGCGGGAGAAGGGCUGUGAAAAUGCCCUCCCGGGGCAAUAUGGAGAGAGGGGGCUGUGGAGUUGCACCUCCUCGGUGAUAAGGGGAAGACGGGAGUGUGUCCCCAGGACAGCGCAAGGGAGCUUGCACUCCGAAAAAAGCUCAUCAGGAUAAGAAGGGUGGCACUCCGUAACUGCUCCACCCCCACGGAGGGAGCUGGGACCCUACAGGACAGGCAGAGAGGGGAUCGAGAGCCAUCACAAGUGCAACUUGGGAGUUAUCUGUCUCCCUACUUCCCACUUCCAGCAUUCUGCCCCUCGGUACCCUGUCGGGGUGCCCAGCCAUGGCCAGGCCACCCACCCCAGGCUCGAUGGUUAUCCCAGACUGGCAUGAGAGCGCCGAGGGCAAGGAGUACCUGGGGUGCAUUCUGCGCAAGAACCGUCGGAGGGUGUUUGAUUCUGAUCCAGAAGGCGUGGAGUAGGCUGAGCCUCUGCAUUUCUAACAAGCUCCCAGGUCAUGCUGAUGCUGCUGGUCCAGGGACCACACUGGCUGCUGGAGAGACCGAUGCUGCCCCCUUCUGUGGCCGUUGACACUGCCAGCUACAAGAUCUUUGUGUCCGGGAAGAGUGGAGUGGGCAAGACAGCGCUGGUGGCUAAGCUGGCUGGCCUGGAGGUGCCCAUUGUGCACCACGAGACCACCGGCAUCCAGACCACCGUGGUAUUUUGGCCGGCCAAGCUACAGGCUACCGGCCGUGUCGUCAUGUUCCGCUUUGAAUUCUGGGACUGCGGGGAGUCUGCGCUCAAAAAGUUUGAUCACAUGCUGCCGCCUUUCCAUCCCCAGGCUUGCCAGGAGAAGGCAGAUGCUUUCCUCUUCCUCUUCUCCUUUACUGACCGCGCCUCCUUCAUGGACCUACCUGGACAGCUGGCCCGAGUAGCAGGCCAGGUUCCUGGUGCUGUCAGGAUAGUAAUUGGCUCCAAAUUUGACCAGUACAUGCACACAGAUGUGCCUGAACGGGACCUCACAGCCUUCCGGCGGGCCUGGGAGCUGCCUCUCCUGCGGGUGAAGAGUGUGCCGGGGCGGCGGCUGGCCGACGGGCGCACACUGGAUGGCCGGGCAGGGCUGGCUGAUGUUGCCCACGUGCUUAAUGGCCUCGCUGAGCAGCUGUGGCACCAGGACCAGGUGGCAGCUGGCCUGCUCCCCAGCCCCCCAGAGAACACCCCUAUCUAAGGAGUGGUGGCAGCAUGAGUGGGCACCUGUGUGAUUCCCCACCCUGACCCUCAGGUGACCCAAAUGACCCCGGACAGAAGAUGGAGCCCAGGGCCUGAGGCUGAGGCAGGACUGUUGAUCCCAUCCCGAGAACUGGCCAGAGAGGCUGGUCAGGGAGGACAGAGGCCUAGGAAGUCCCCUGCCCCAACAGAACUUUUCCUGCAGACUUUGUGGCAGUGUGGAGGGGCACGAGGCUCUGUAGGACAGCGGUGACCCCUCUGGUUUGCAGGGUGUCUAAGUGCCUUCUGACCUCCCACUGCCCUGGGGUCUGGACUUCUGGAAACUGAGGAGCUGCGUGGGCAAGUCCCCAAGGCUUAAACAGCCCUCCAGUCCCCCGCUGCCCUUCCUCCUUCUGAGCAUCCAUGGAAGGUGAUGGGGAGGGGGUGCCUCAGCAGGGCCCUGGGCCUCCAAUGACUUCAGGUAAGAACCCAUAUUAGUUGAGGUAAAACCGAAACACCUACCUGCUAUAACAUGUACACCCUGACAUCUCAGUGGCUUAACUCUGUUAUUAGGUGUCGUCGAGUUCGUUCCAACUCACAGCGACCCUAUGUACAACAGAAUAAAACACUGCCCGGUCCGGUGCCAUCCUCACAGUUUGCUAUGUUUGAACCCAUUGUUGCAGCCACUGUGUCAAUCCAUCUCAUUGAGGGUCUUCCUCUUUUUCGAUGAUCCUCUACUUUACCAAGCGUGGUGGUGUUCUCCAGGGACUGGUCCCCUCCUGAUAAUAUGUCCAAAGUAUGUGAGGCAAAGUCCUGCCAUCUGUGCUUCUAAGGAGCAUUCUGGUUGUACUUCUUCCAAGACAGAUUUGUUCCUUCUUCUGGCAGUCCAUGGUACAUUCAAUAUUCUUUGCCAACACCAUAAUUCAAAGGCAUCCGUUCUUCGGUCAUCCUUAUUCAUUGUCCAGCUUUCAAUGCAUAUGAAGCGAUUGAAAAUACCAUGGCUUGGGUCAGGCGCACCCUAAUCUUCAAGAUGAUAUCUUCACUUUUCAAUACUUUAAAGAGGUCUUUUGCAGCAGAUUCACCGAAUGCAAUACAUCGUUUGAUUUCUUGACUGCUACUUCCGUGGGUGUUGAUUGUGGGUCCAAGUAAAAUGAAAUCCUUGACAACAUCAAUCUUUUCUCCGCUUAUCAUGAUGUUGCUUAUUAGUCCAGUUGUGAGGAUUUCUGUUUUCUUUAUGUUGAGAUGUAAUCCAUACUGAAGGCUGUGGUCUUUGAUCUUCACCAGUAAGUGCUUCAAGUCCUCCUCCCUUUCAGCAAGCAAGGUUGUGUCAUCUGCAUAACGAAGGCUGUUAGUAAAUCUUUUUUCAAUCCUGAUGCCGCAUUCUUCUUCAUAUAGUCCAGGUUCUCAGAAUAUUUGCUCAGCAUUCAGAUCGAAUAGGUAUGGUGAAAGGAUACAACUUGAUGCACAUGUUUCUUGACUUUAAACCACUUUAAACCGUGGUCUGUUCGAACAGCUGCCUCCUGAUCUGUGUACAGGUUCCUCAUGAGCACAAUUAAGUAAGUGUUCUGGAAUUCCCAUUCUUCUCAAUGUUAUUUAUAAUAACAUUAACUUUAUAGGCGUUUAUUUCUUGCUCGAGUAAAACCCAAAUGGAGGCAAUGGUGGGUGUGGGUCUCUGCUCCAUGUGCUCACUCAGAGACCCAGGCUCUGACAUCUGCUACGUGUGACUUCCAAAUUUGCCUUGGGGCAUCCACGUCCAGUCAGCUGAUGGAAUGAGCAAAUGGAGGGUCACCAGGAGGUUUCUAUGGACCAGGCCUAGGAAGGCAUACAUGAUUUCUGCCUGUAGUCCCUUGGCCAGCACCCAGUUACAUGGUCACACUGAACUGCAGUGUCCAGGAGGAGAGCCCCUUACUCUGUAGUGUCUUUCUUGAUCAGGAAGCCAUCAGGCCAGGCUUAGGACAGAGCACGGGACAGCCUGGGAAUCAGAAAGUAGCACUGGGCGGGUGCCAGGACUGGCCCAGGGCAUGAUUUAGCCUAAUGGGCAGCUUUGCCCAGUGGGAGGCAGGCAAGGACUGGAGUAGGAAGGUGCAUGAUUAGGCCCAGGCCUGAGUCUCACCCUCCUCCAUACCCAGAGACGCUGGUGGAGGCAGGCUACAGAGGGGGGUCCCAGGGAGGUAGCUUCAUACUUCGACCACCUGAGUGAUAUCCCACCUGGCCCCAUAGAUGGACCCCUGGCCUGAGUCCUGGCCUGAACCUGGGAUAUAGUACCUCCAAAGCCAGCUGCCUCUCAGAGCUCCCUUUCGAGAAAGCCCUGGCAGUUCUGCCCACACCACACCCAGACACAUGGUCUUGUGCACACACUCCAGCUCAUGUGCACACACAACAGCACAGGUAUUAAAGUGCCCUCCUCCCUCCCUCACUGCUGUGGGCUCAUCCUUACCUGUCCUGGCUCACACUGGCAUGCCCCUGGGCACACCGCUCCAUGCUUUCGUGACCAUGCACACCGCCAGUCUAUCUACCUGGGCACUGUCCUGUGGGCUUGUCCACCCUUCCAGGGCCUGGGCCAGAGGAAGGACUGAUUUCAGCACUUCCUAACCUACAACUCAGGCUAGGAGUUCAGACUCUGAGCCCAUCCUAGACCCCCUGCUCCCACUCCUGGGCCACAGGCCUUCCCCUACAGCCUUCAGCACUGUUUCCAGCACCCUGCAGCCUCUUCCCCACUAUACUUAUCUCCAGUAGACCUUACCCCAUCUGGGCAGCAGCAAAGGGUAGGUAGGGCAGGACCUGGGCCAGACUGUGAACCUCCAGUCCCAGGCAGUUAUCUCGAGGCUUCAAAUUUCCUAGAAAGGAAGCUUCCGCUUCCUUCUCAGGCACCCGUUCAGCCCGGAGCCCAAAGGCUGAUCUGGAGGAAUGACCCCGAUCCUUUCCACUGUGCGCACGUGGCGGGCUGGUUUUCUCCUGCUUAGUGCUGCCCUGGCCAGAGAACUGACCCCUUCACCCACCUUCACCCCAAACCAAGAGAUGAGGUGAGCC